GCGAGCGCCGGGGGGGCGGCGGGGGGCAGGCUGGGAGUGGCGGUUGUUUCAAGAUGGCGGAGGUGGCCGCCGGGCCGGGCGGGGACGUGUACUGGAGCCGGGAGGCUUCUGAUGAAGAACAGCCAAUGGUGUACGUUUCAGGAGUGUCUACAAAAGCAAAUUUAAGAACAAGGUAUUUGCCAAAGAGUCAAAAAAGUGAAACUGAGCGAAAGGUGCCUGUAGCUGUUGCGUCUGUUUCCAUGGAUCCUGUUAGAAGCACUGGAGAUCUGACAGGGCAGCAGGUCACUAAUGAAGGAGGAAUAAAGAGUGCUUCUUUAAAGGAUUUAUGUCCUGAGGACAAGAGACGCAUUGCAAACUUAAUUAAAGAACUUGCCAGGGUAAGUGAAGAAAAGGAGGUAACAGAAGAACGGCUGAAAGCUGAACAGGAGUCGUUUGAGAAGAAGAUCAGACAGCUAGAGGAACAGAAUGAACUUAUCAUCAAGGAAAGGGAAGCUCUCCAGCAACAGUACAGAGAAUGCCAGGAACUUUUGAGCCUUUAUCAGAAGUAUCUAGCUGAGCAACAGGAAAAACUAACGCUCUCCCUCUCUCAACUCAGUGCUGCCAAGGAAAAGGAGCAGAAGGUGUCCGGUAAGAAGGCCUCAUGCCAACAGCCACCUCUGGAACUCGAUGGUUCGUACUUAGCCAUUAGGGGACCACAGACUUUUAACAAGAACAGCAGAGCAUCAAAGGCUGGAAGCCCAAGCUGUGUAGCAUUGUCUCAGCCCUGCAGGAAUAAUCACGAUUGUGGGACUGAAAUCCAUUACAACCAUCAGGAAUGUCUGAAGGAAUAUUCAGUGGAAAAUGGCUUGCACAGAAAGUGUAACAAUAUGAUUUCCUCAGUCAAGCAGAAAAGCCCGCACCGUGUAAAACCAGCUCAGGAGAUGGACCAGAAAGCAAAUGAAUUUCAGAACACGUGCCCUCCACAAAUGAGUUGUGGUUGUGCCUGCAGGCAUGUAGGGAGCUCAGGUAGCGUGCAAGAAAGCCACCAUGUCAGCCAGAUUCCUAAAAGACAUGCUGGGCCCGUUCACAAAACCUGUGGUUAUUCCAGGCUCUCUCGAGUUUCUGGGCUCAAUGACAGCGUGGAUCCAGGGUCUAAAGAAACAGAACAAGCUAAAAGGUUGUCUGAAGAAAGAAGGCAGCAGCUGCUACUGCAGAAAAUGGAGCUGGAAAUUGAAAAGGAACGUCUCCAACAUUUGCUGGCUAAACAAGAAGCAAAACUGCUCCUAAAACAACAGCAGUUACACCAAUCCCGCAUGGAUUAUAACAGGUUUAGAGGCCACAUACCUGGUCUGGGAGAUGUGCCCAUUGAUGAAGCACCUGGAGAACUUGCUCUGAUGAUGAACGGCAACAGCAUGGGACUAAGUGUGCCAGUAUCGAAACGUGAAGAUUAUUAUCCCAGGACACCACCAGUGAGCAAAGCGUCCAGAACAUCACGGAGCAGUGGUGGGAGCAGGAGCAGUUCAGGGAAGAAAACGGCUGGUUUUGGUGUACGUGUGGAAGAUGGGCGAGCCCUUCUGAUGAAAACCAAGAGGGAAGGCAGCAAGUCAAGGAAAGGGACAACUUCAGGACCUAGAAGGGAUGCAGCCACGUCUCCUGGACUGAUAGGCAGAGGCAAAGAGCUUGCAACCACAGCCACAUCACCAAUCGAGCAUGACACUUCACGGUAUGAAACCUCUCUUCUGGACCUGGUUGAAGCUAUGAGUCCCAUAUCUACCCCAGGACACCUCUACAGAGAGUUAUGUGAUGGGAACAACAUGCACACACCUCGUCAUGUGAGCCGCAGGCCGUCGUCUUGGUACCAGACCCUGUGCAGUUCCAGAAGCAGAGCAGAUGAGAUAGAGGAGAGCCGGCUGCUCGAGGAGAUUUUCUUCAUUUGACACUGCUCUUUAUUCUACAGCCCUUCUGUAGAAUUUUUAGGAACUUUUUGUUUCUGAUUUGUUUGUGUUAAAGUACCAUUUUUAAAUUAUUUGAGUGACAACUGAUUGUCUUCCCUCUUCUAAUAGUUAAUUAGCAUCCAGUUUCAUUUUGGAGUUAGUAAUCAUGGUGCAAGAAUGUUUGUGGGAUAGACCAAUCAGAAAGCGUUAACUUUUUUUUCUAAACCUUUCAUGUGGCAAGUAAUCAUUCUAAAGCAGAUUUUUUUUUCAUCUACAACAUUUUCUAAUAGAUUGAAGUCACAGUUUUGCCAGUCUCAUAUCAGAAGUAUAUUUCAUUAUUGAUUUUUAGCUCUAAAGCAGUUUGCAAGAACUGCCUAACAUUCAAGAACCAUAACGUUCAAAGUAGAUUAUUUUCUAAUUAAACAAGUCUGUUUAAAGCCUGGCAUAUUAUAAAGGUACAAGCACUUUACUACUUUUUUCAGUGAUUUUAUGAUCUACCUUUUCCUUCAGCAUUCUGAUGUUUAACAUGCUGGGUUUUUAGGGGGUAAUAUCAUAAGCUCAACUAUACAGUGUCUAAUAACAUUAAUAGACGAUGUUGCAGAUUGAGGUACUAGGCAUCCACGUGAAAUGUAUUCCUCUUUAAAUCAGUGCUAUUUGACAUAGUUUAUGCGCUGGGAGACCUAACCCUGAAAUAGCAGAACACAGUCAGAUGUUGUAGUGGUCCAAAACCUAUGGGAUGUACUUUUCAAGAUGAAAUACAUAGUUGUGGUAGGAUAAGAACAGUCUUAAGACAUUUUCACUAACUUGCACUAUUUUGAUCUGGUAUCCAGGCUCCAUUGUAAAUAAGACAAAUCAGUAAUUAUUUCCACCAGCGGCUCGCAAUGCACAUUUCCCUGCCGGCUUUAAUUAUUCAUGCUGUAUCUAUUUCAGUUUAUUUAAAUGCACUUCCAUCUACUGCAUGUACUUGGUUAUUUAAAGAAAUGUGCAGAAUUGGUAAAAAUGACUGCAGAUUACAGGAUUAAUGGUCAUUUUCUCCACAAUGCAGUGUUCAUAUUUUAUUGUAACAGUAGCCACCGGCAUGUGUUCCUAGAAAUAUGAGGCUAAAAUACUCAUUUUGCACAGUAAAAUUGCAGCGAGGGAAAGGUAGAAUUGAGCCAGUACAGACAAGUUCUAGGCCAUUUGCUCCCAGACACCAAUUGGUGGGCCAGUGCAGCUUUUUGCCGGUCUCUUUAGGCAGCCCUGCUUAUCUUAAUGGCAGCAAGUUGCUGCUCUGAUCCUUGGGGUAUCGCUGCUGCCUGCCUCCAACAUGCUCACUCUUGUGCACGGCUUGGUACUCCUGUGCUCUGUGAGGAGCUGGCAAGACUGCAAUGAGGCAUGCCGUGCCUCCUGGGGAAGAGCAAGCAUGAUGCAGGAUAUGUAGCAUGCACCCCUUGGCAGCACCCUGCUUUUAGAGCAGUGAAAUAAAAGGAGAAUGAAGGGGGAGGUAAACCUUAAGUUAUUCUGAGCUGUUUCGUUCAGGCUCAGGCUUAACCACGAAUUAGGUGGUACCUUUUCCUUGUGUCCCAGCUGAAUUUUUAAAGGUGCCUGGUGGAGUUCACAGGAGGGAAGCUCCAUUACUGUCCCAAAAAAUGACUGCUGUGGAACGGCCCUGCUUGGUCUGUCCUGCUGUCAGUGAAGCAUCAUAGUUCUUUCCGAUAUGUCCAUCUGCUGUUGAGUGUCCCUCAUGUUCUGCUCCCUGACCCUGUGAAGGCACAGGUUUCUGGUUAAAGCCCCAAAGACGUGACAAGUGCCCUGAACCAAGUGUAGCAGAUGGGGCACUAGGUUUUCUCACUCAGCAUGUUUCUGCUGGCCAAGUAGUCUGCUUCUUUAGGAGGACAGGGAAAGGGUGGGGAAGGAAGAGAAAAACAUACAAGGAGCAGCAGGAAAACCGUGGAAAACCAUGAAAAUUAUGACCAGCGCAUAGAUCUUAAGGUUUUGGUUUGAUUUUUUUUUUUUUUUUUGUGGGUUGGUUUUGUUCUUGUUUUUGUUUUGCAUUUUUGGGAUUUUUAAAAAACAGUUCUCUGAUUUCAGUCUGAUUGCUUCUCUUCUCUUUUCCAGUUUGACUGAAACUUUAAUUGCCUUGUCUAAUAAGUGCUAACUGACCUUUUGAAACAGCAAAAAAUAGAAGUAUAUCUGCUGAAAGGUGCCUUUGUGUACCCAGUCAAGAACACUGCAUGGGAGCAUUACGUUCUUUCGUUCCUCGUGGGUGUCAAUGUUUAACUGCUUUAGGAUUCCUUAUGAUCCAUUUUGUCCAUUAACAAUUCUAAUUCUGAUGGUGACUUUUGACUUGAAUCUAUAUUUUGGUAGUAGCGCUUUUUCAAAAGACGCUGUCAGGGUUGUGGGCUCUGUGCUCAAGGUGCUGUCGAUCAGUCAGAGCUACAUUGGAGGCAUACCUUUAUGUAGCCAAGAAUUCUACAAUUAAGAUAGCUGAAAUAUCUGAUGGAUGAAGACCUGCAUGUUUUAACUAUCUGUGAGAUGUGAACCGAGAAGCAAAAGCUAUUAAUUUGGCAGACCCUGCGAAAAAUCAUUUUUUAUAAUGCUGGCUCUUGCUCUAGUUAUCAGCAGUACAUUAGGAAUAGUGUUUAGCAGUCAGUGCAAGCGAAGAUAUUUUGCCAUGAGGCACUACAAAGUUGAAGUUAUUAAAACAUUUAUAGCCUUAGAAAAAAAAUCAAUGAUUGUCAAAUAGGAAAGGACAAAAUCAGUAGUUGGGACUGGGAGGGGAAUUGUUUUCCAUCUGCUAAAACAGUAGAGGAAAUGCAAAAAUUAAACUAGCAAAAGCAAUCACUUGACAGUGUCCUUUUAAGUUUAAGCUCCUAUAUUAGGAAGCUGCCGCUGGGGAGUUACUCCAGCCACAGAUUGUUUGUCCAGAGUGUUCCCAGUUAAUAUGCUUUAGCUACACAUUGGGCUGUGUUUUACAUGAGGCUUUGUGGAGUGACAUGACUCCUACUAAGGCUGCUGCCCAUACCUUCACUUUGUGUUCUUCCCGAGUGGCUCGUACACAUGCACUGGCCAUGUUUGUGUAGUUGUUGCUUCUGUGCACCUUGCACGCGGUGGACCUGUAGCAAUCACAUCCGUUCCACUUGUAGCCUCUCCAGUCUCACUGUUGAGUACCAUCUUGAACAUAUAUCUAUAUAUGUAUGUGAGGUCUUAAUCUAAUAAAUUAUCUGGGGAUAUCGUUUAAUCUUCCA